AUGGAAGGACGGUGUUCUGUCGAGACUUGGGCUGAAUUUGGGCUUUUAGGAAAACCAGGCACGAAGAAGGUGACGUCUGGUUUUGAGACGAAUAUUUUCAUCUGCACGGGCUGCGACGAGGUCUAUGUCUUCAGUGCUACUGAUAGAAAACUCACGGCUGUCCUUCACUUCCCUGGUCCUGUGAAUGAUUUGGUUGAGAGCCACGACAAGCAGCUCCUGUUUGUAGCAUGUAGGUGUGGAGUUUAUUGUGUGGACUUACAGCUGCUGUUACACAGGGUUCAAGGCUCCUCGGGUGAUGCCUCCUCCAGUCCAGCUGAGCUGAACAUCUCCUCUGAGUUUGUUGCUGUAGAUGCAGGCGGAGUGUCCUCUUUGCUCCUUGUUGGCUCCGUGCUCCUGACCCUUUGUCAGACCGACACAUCUUGGCUGAUGACUUUGUAUAAAAGACCCCAACAAACACAGCCCACCACCUAUGAGGUGCUCGGUUUGUUCCACCUGCCACUCGUUUCACCUGCUGUACACGGCGGUGCAAAGGUAAAGGCAGGACAAACGGGGAGGACUGUGCUACUCUGUGCCCAUUUUGGCAUUAGGCCUCCGCUUUCUACCUCCCCUGAUGCAACAGAUGUGAGCUAUUCCCACGUCUGCCUGGAGCCUGUUCUCUUCAAACUUUUGUUCGGGGUUGAAGCGGCACUUGCCAAAUCCCCAGUUGUUCUUUGCGGCCUGCCAGAUGGGCGCUUGUGCUUCCUUCCUCUGGGUUUGCCAGGAUCACGGCUCCGAGUUCUCUAUAGCCUCGAGCAGCCGGUCGUAUUUGCCGGAGCAUCUGUUGUCACGGAAACAGAUCCAGGACACGCACAGUGCUUGGUGGUGGUGGGCGAACAAGGCAGAGUGGCGCUGAUCAAGGCUGACAAAGCCGGGCCAGAAAGAGAGGGAAGCUUUGCUCGUUUCACCGAGGGGUGUGUGUCCGGACCUGUGGAGUGUGGCUUUGUGGGUAAAAACUGUCUUUACUACAGCACUGGCUCAGACCUCCUCGCGCUGAAGCUGUCAGACGAGUCAGCUGGGAGAGAGGACAGAGAAAGGGAUGUCGAGGCCCUCCAAAGCCCGACCAGUUUGAACGUGUGCGGAGUCAUUGCUUUGAGUGAGCCGACGUUCAGCGCUGCAGGUGAAGUUCAGCUGCUCGGGCUGACGGUCAGAGGGCAGCUUCAGAGCAUUAGAUCACCGGUGAGGAGACGGGAUGAAGGAUUCUCUCAGCCUCCCUCCUCACAGGCCGGUCGCAGCGUCAGGGACCUCCUGUCUGCCAUCGGCGAUGUUUGUGAGAGAGCAUCGGCGCUAAAAGCAGCCAUCAAAUCCAAAAACCAAACUCUGAGGCAGCUGAGUCGGGCGGUAAACAUCAGUUUCCUGCUGACGGGAAGGACGACGACGACUGAAGAACCUUUUCCGGUUAACGGGACGCCCAUCAGAUGUCACGCCGCAACAAGCUGGAGCAGAUCUCUUCAGAAAGACGCCUUUAGUCUUAAGUGUGUCCUGAACAACUCAAGUCCUCAUGUCCUGGAGCGAGGCUGGGCGCUGAGCGUCGCCGUCUUUCCUGCGUCCUGCUCCUCCAGCGCAGGACAGGAAACCUCCACUAGUUUUGUAUUCCCGUUCUACAACCUGUGUCCCGGGGAAACGUUAGAAGUGUCUCUUCCGGUGGCGGCUGCAGGCGACACGACUUUCCCUCUGACUGUGAACUGCUCACUCAUCCUUUCGCUGUCGAGUUUCCUGGGAGAGGAGGAGGAAGUUCUCCGCCCUGGUUUGCAGAAUAGCUGCUUCAGCUUGGCCUUAAACACACUGACAGUGGACUGGUUGCACGCCUCACAAGUCAUCAGUCCCACAGCCCCCCAGCCCAACAACGCGGCAGACGCCCUUCAAGCUUUUCUACGCUCGAGACUGAUCAGGUGUUCCAAAGGAGGGGGAGCCUCGAAGCCCGAGAAGUAUUCAGCGAGCGUGCGGGUGUCUUCAGAGUUACUGAGGGACACGCUGACGCUGAAAAGCUUUGGUCUGGACACGGAGGUGGCCUCUCAGAGUCUCUGCUCCGCUCUUCUCCGCUGGCUGCUGUUUGAAGAUCACGAAGGAGUGAAGAUGGGACACGGAGGAGACGAGGUCGACACGAGCGGCUCGGUGAUCCAAGUCCGUGCGCCGAACGAAGCCGCCGUCAAACUGAGCGCUAAAGAGAUGAAAGUAGAGGAGGAGGAGGAGGGCCUGGUCUGUGUGGAGGUUCAGAUCGAGAGCUCAUCAGUCGCCCCGGUGUGCGGCCUGCAUCACGCUGUGCUGCGACGGAUUCAGACUUUGUUGAAGAAGGCCUCUGAGAAAGCUGCUUCCACGGAAGCGGUGCAGAGGUUAGGACUGAGGCGAGCGCUGCAGCAGGCUGAGAUCCAGCAAAGUCAAAUCUCAGAAGCCUUGAGCGUGGGCAUGUCCUCGAGCCAAAUGAAGCGAUUCCUUCUCGAUGUUUACCAAGCACUCAGAGAAAAUCCUCUCCUCGUAAUUUAA